AUGAUCAUAAAGGACUGUCCGCUCAAUCAUCAUCAGGAGAAGGAGGACCAUCAUGAUCAGUCCAUUAACAACAACGACAACACCGAAGAGGAAUAUUGGAGUCUUGAAAAAUUACAAAAAUUACCCUAUGUAAUUCAUGGUUCUGCAGAUUCUAUUGAUAGAGAUGUCAUUUAUUGGAUUCCGAUAGGCUCAAGAACACCUUUACAAAGUAAUAACCCAAAACGAACUCGUUUACCAAGUCAAAAGAGAUGUUUUCAAUUUUGUGUGGAGAAUAAGAAUUAUGAAAACAGAAAUUUAAUUGUGGUUGACAUGGAGAGAGGAAUUGUUGUGGAUUGUUUCAAAGGGACGUGUGAUGCGAUAAAUAAUCAAAUUAAAUUGACCUAUGGCUUGCACAAACAACAGCAUGAUUGUCCUAUCAAAGAUAUUGUUCAUAGAAACAUUGCAUUAAAGAUGACACGAGGUAUGAGACAGAUCUUGUCCAUGGUUGGUAGAGUGUGUAGAAUUCACAAAGCCAAAAUACGCCAACAGAAAGUGCUGAAAGAAUUUCUUGGAAUUGAAACCUCAGAUGUAGUGAACGAAUUAUUGGAAAAUAUGAAUGUUAUCCAUGGCUUUAUUGACGAAGAUUUAACUUUGAUGUAUCAUGACGACAUGAAAUCAAAUUUAAAAUCGUUAAAUUUCAUGAAAAGAGUUGAAAGUGUACAAGCGGUGAACUAUGCUCUAAUUUGUAAACAAUGCAUUCUUUGGGAAAAGGAAUUUCAAUCAAAACAAAAAAAGCAAGCUCUAUACAAAGAAGGUUUGCAAAUGUGGCUUACUAAUCAAGGUUUUAAUCAUGACAGUUUAUCAAUCAAUUUUAGAAUGCUAAAAAAGAAACAACGAGCUCAAGAUCUUCCCAUGUUAAUUCAACAAGUAUUUGAAACAAAACCAUCACAGACAAAAUCAACUAUUUUAGAUGCUAAAACUGCUGGAGAAGAAGGAGAUUUUUUACACAUUAUCAAAUCUAUUACCUUUCAAAUGGUUCAAACGGAUGCUCAACUUGAAAAUGUCGAACUUUAUUCCAAGAAAAUGGUUGUUGAAAGAGAUCCCAGGACUCAACCUCUCAUGUACAGAGAUGUAGACUUUAUGUAUAACAAUUUGAAUACUUGUUUUGAGAUACUGAACGAGUACAGGAAUAUUAUAACCACAAAGAUUAAGAACAACAUUUCAAUCACCAUGAUGAACAACUAUUUAAAUUGCUUUCGAGUACUUGAUCCCUUUUCUUUAGACAUGAAUGCAUUUCAGCAACAAUGUAAUGGAAUGUUGAUAGACAUGAAAAAGGAACGGGUAGUAUGCUCUCCUCCCAUAUUUCUAAAAAAACUUUUCGAUCACUCUUUCGCUCUUCAACAUCACACCCAACAAGAACAGCAUCAAUCUAUUGAAAAACUCGAAUUUCAUUCUAAAGACUCGAGAGACUUGCUUUUCAAUUAUUCAAAUGUCACAUAUCCUCUCUAUUCACUGUUCAUGGAAAAUAAUGAGAUCAACAUUCUGGAUGCUUCUCAUGGCACUAUGAUUGUGAAUGAUCCUAUGGCACAGAAGUUAAUAAUGGAUCUUCUUGAAACAAAAUUGUCUCAAAAAGAAACAUUGAAAGACAUACUCAACAUGAACGAGUACACUUAUUCAUUCAGGAUCCUGCCAGAUUCCAAUCAGAUUUUGCUUGUCGCUGUUUGUGACUUGUUGACUUUUCGUUACUUAUCUCCCACACAAAUACUGAAAUUUUGGAGAGAAAAUUGGAGAACAAGCAAGCAAUUUAAUAUUACUUCCCACCGAUAUCAUGUCACGAGUGAAUAUUUUCACCUCAAUAGAGGAGGUGAAGCUUGA